AUGUUGCAGCAGCAGAGACUUCCGGUCACGGUGUUCCUCAGCUUGCUGCUUCUCGCCACUCUGGUCCCCGGCGUCGAGGCCCGCCGCGGCCGUGGAGGCGGGGGCUUUAGCCGGGGAGGAGGAGGAAGCCCCGGCCGGGGCUGGGGGGGUCAGGCCUACAGGCCGGCUCCCGUGGUGAUCCAGAACAGGGGCCCCAGUGCGGGGAAGGUGGCCGGGGCCGCUGCUGCGGGGGCCAUAGGAGGCGCCAUGCUCGGCUCUGCCCUGAGCCGCCCCGGGUACGGAGGAGGAUACGGAUACGGGGGAGGAUACGGGGGAGGAUACGGCGGGUACGGGGGAUACGGAGGAGGAUUUGGAUACCCACGCUAUGGCGGCGGCGGCGGCGGCGGCGGCUACGGCUCCAGGCCCGGCUAUGAGCCCGAGGGCUCCGGAGACAUGGAGUACUACACAGGGGCCUCCAGUGGCCCCAUCUACAACAGCAUCAUCGUGGUGAUCGGCUCGCUGCUGUCUCUGCUCGUGGGCCACUGGGUGGCGGCCCUGUAGAGCAGCUCCUAAAGAUAAACCCAGAGCGAGUCCAG